GAAGGUCGCACGCACACUUGCUCUGAGCCAUGACCAUCACUCUGUAUAAUAUAAUUGGCAGUCCACCCUGCAACUUUGUACGCACACUCGCAAAGCAUUUGGACAUAGAUGUGAAGCUCAAGAAUUUGGACUACAUGAACAAGGAGCAGUAUAGGGAGGAAUACCUCAAGAUCAAUCCAUUCCACAAAGUUCCUGCGAUUGACGAUGAAGGUUUUAUCGUCUAUGAAAGCAACGCCAUUGCCUACUACUUGCUCCGCAAGUACGCCCCCGAUUCGGAGCUCUACCCGGCUUGCAUCAAGACUCGCACCCACAUCGACCAGAUUCUUUCAGCACUUGUCACUACAAUCCACAGUGCAUCCGGAGUGUUCAUCGCUCCUCGAGUCUAUCAGAAGACCAAGCCGACGACUGAGGAGAUUACGACAUUUGAACAGAAUGUGCUCCGAGGGCUAGAACUCCUCAUCGGUGAGGGCAAGUUCGCGGUUGGGGACACCUUCACCCUCGCCGACAUGGCCUUAACAGCACGCAUAAUUGUGCCCCUUGAGAACAAGUUCGUGGACCAUUCCAAGUUUCCCAAGCUGACAAGCUACUACGAGCGUGUCAAGCGCGAGCAGCCUUACUUUGAGGAAAUAUACAGGCCAGGCAUAAACAGCUUCAAGCAGAUGUUCGAUAACCUAAAAGACUUUAUUUUCGUCAUGACUAUCACGUUGUACAAUUUAGACCGCAGCCCACCCUGCAUGUUUGUGCGGUCACUGGCCAAGCACAUAGGCGUAGCGCUGAAGAUCAAGGACGUGGACUUCGACAAAAAGGAGCAUUUGACCGACGAAUAUUUCAAGAUUAAUCCAUUCCGCAAAGCUCCCGUGAUUGUCGAUGGAGAUUUUUCUGUCUACGAGAGUAAUGCGAUUGCCUACUACUUGCUUCGCAAGCACGCCCCUGAGUCGGAGCUCUACCCUGCCGGCCUGAAGAUUCGUACCCGUAUCGACCAAGUUCUCGCAGGCCUUGCCAAUAAGAUCGAUGGUCCUUUGGUGCUAUUCUUCUUUCAUCGAAUCGUGCGCAAGACCAAGCCGUCGGCCGAGGAGUUGCAGGAAUUUGAGCAGAAGGUCAUCACGGGAAUCGAAUACCUGGUCGGUGAUGACAAGUUCGCGGCCGGUGAUACGCUCACCCUAGCAGAUCUCGCUGUCAUUCCCUACCUCACAUUGGCUCUUGAGAAUGAUUCCGUUGACCCAGCAAAGUUUCCCAAGCUGGCCAGCUACUACAAACGAGUCAGGAAGGAGCUACCGUACUACGAGGAAAUCCGCAGUGAUGGCAUGAAAUACUUCAAAGAGUUGUGGGCAACCUUGAAAUAGAAUGGAGAAGCCUUCAUAAAGAAGUGCGGUUAGCCGCUCGAAAAGUACUUUUGCUGCUUAAAAACACCAAUAUUUUCGAAAUAUAAUAGCAUAUAAUAAAUGCGUUA